AACGAUGUUAACAAUAAUAACAAUAAUAACAAUAAUAACGAUGAUGACGAUGAUAACGAUGUUGUGCCUUCGAAUGACCAUGAUUUAUUGAAAUGCUCGGAAGUAUGGGACAGAAUUACUUCUCAUCCAAAAUAUUCUGAUUUAGAUAUCGAUGGCUUAUGUAAUGAAUUGAGAUUAAAAGCAAAAUGCUCCGAAAAAGGUGUUGUUGUUUCAUCUAAUGAUUUGAAUAAUAUUAUGAAUAGGGAAGCAUCUCCAAGUUUGUAA